CGUCACUACCCUCAUCUGGGGGAAAAAUGGCGACUUCGAAGAGGUGCAACGUGAGUUCGGAAAACUUAACCGUAAAUGAUGUGAAAACACCUAAAAUAGACAUCAACAGUAAAGUAGAUAUGAUUAUUCAGAGCAAAAAACAUGCCAACGAUGUGUUCGACGUUCUUGAGUAUCUUCAGUCAGAGAAAGAGAAGAACGUUGUUUGUGCGAUUAAUGGAUGUACUAAACUGUUCAGCACGUUGUUGGAGAGGGGAGACCUGUAUGUUGGGCAACUGCCCAAAGAAGAGUUGUUGAUUGGUGGUGAUCGCAGUGCGGAUGAGAAGUACUGCAUGUUCAUGCGCCACCGAUACAACGGUUGUUUGGAGCUGCUGCUGGAGCACAUCAGCCAUGAAUCAUACCAGAUUAAGGAGAGUGUCCUGUGUGCACUGAUGCAGUUUGCCUCCAUGGAAGGGAAGUUCCCCCUCCAGGACAUAGACUGGAGUGAACACUACAGCUUCCCAAGAGAACUCAUCCAGGCAGUGGUGGAGCGGCUGCUCUCUCAGGAGGAGGAUAUGGCGCUUCUUAUCUGCAGAUUUCAGGAGUACCUGGAUAUGGAGGAUGUGCGUUACUACGUCAUGAGCUCUGUCCGCGCGAACGUGGGCAGGGUGAUGGACAAAACCAAAGGGGCAGUGAUGCCCAUUUACCAGAACAACGUGUUCACUCUGCUGUCCAAUAUCAACAUGCCUAGCCAGGAGUCAGAACUCACCAACUACCUGGUCAAACAGGAAGCUAAACAUGAAGACUGGAAAGCAGCCAAACUAAAAGAACACAAGCGUGCCUUUGAGCGAUUGUGGCUCGGGUUUCUGAAGUAUAAGUUGCCCAGCAGCAUGUACAAGAAGGUGCUGGUGAUCCUCCAUGACUCCAUCCUGCCCCACAUAAGCAAUCCCACACUGAUGAUCGACUUCCUGACUGCAGCCUAUGAUGUUGGAGGGGCAAUCAGUCUGCUGGCUCUCAAUGGCCUGUUUGUGCUCAUCCAUCAGCACAACCUAGAUUAUCCCGAUUUCUACAAGAAGUUGUACAGCCUGCUAGAGCCCUCUGUUUUCCAUGUGAAGUACAGAGCACGCUUCUUCCACUUAGCUAACCUCUUCCUCUCCUCCACUCACCUGCCAGUCUACUUGGUGGCAGCGUUUGCCAAGCGUCUGUCCCGCCUGGCCCUCACGGCGCCACCUGCUGCUCUGCUCAUGGUACUGCCCUUCAUCUGCAACCUGAUCCGCCGCCACCCUGCCUGCCGAGUCCUCAUUCACCGGCCUAGUGCAGCAGACGAAGUCUGUGAUGACCCCUACCUGAUGGAGGAGGAGGACCCCUCCCAGUGCCACGCCCUGGAGAGCAGCCUGUGGGAGCUUCAGACCCUGCAGAAGCAUUACCACCCUGAUGUGGCCAAGGCUGCCAUGGCGAUCAACAAGCCACUGUCACAGCAGGAGGAUGACAUCAGUGAGCUGCUGGAGCUAUCCACCUAUGAGCUGAUGGAGCGGGACCUGAAGCAUAAGCAGAGCAAGACUGUGCCGCUGGAGUUUGACCCUGCCACCCAGCUGCUGCAGGGCUCUGGGGGAGUGGGGGUGCUGGGCCUGAACUUCUCUCUAGAGUAGAGACAAACAACCCCAGGACACUCGCAUACCUAGCUCUCUGGACCUCACUGUCUCUCCCCCAUAUCCCCCUUUCAUUCCACAUCCACGAUUACAUAUUUUUGUUUGUAAUUAAUUGUAUACCAAUAAACCUUUCUAGA